AUGGAUCGUUGGUUGAAUCGCGUUGCCGUCGUAACUGGCGCCAGCUCUGGCAUUGGUGCGGCCUGUUGCAAAGAUCUUGUGGCCAAGGGCAUGAUCGUGGUGGGUCUGGCGCGACGAGAGAACCGUUUGGAGGAACUGAAGGCCUCACUGCCAGCCGAUCAGGCCAAACGAUUCUAUAUCCGUCAAUGUGAUGUUAGCAUCGAGCAGAAUGUUAUCGAUACCUUUGCCUGGAUCGAUCAGACACUCGGCGGAGCCGAUGUCCUUGUAAAUAAUGCCGGUGUGGCCCGUCGUGGCUUCGUUAUUGAGGCGGACAACUCGCAGAAAUUGCUUGACACUCUGAAGACGAAUGUUUUGGGUGUGGCAUGGUGUACACGGGAAGUAUUCCAAUCGCAGAAACGUCGCCAAGUCAAAGACGGUCAUGUGGUAAUCAUCAAUAGUAUUGCCGGACAUGCUGUGCCCAAUGUGCCGGGCUAUAGUUCCAAUCUUUAUUCUCCGUCAAAGCAUGCAAUAACUGCAUUGACCGAAGUUCUCCGUCAGGAGUUCCAAAUGCAACAGACUCAGGCAAAAAUAACCAGCAUUAGUCCUGGUGCUGUGGAUACCGAGAUCUUUGACGAGAAUGCGAGAGCUCGUAUGCCCGAUUUGCCAAUGCUACGUGCCGAAGAUGUGGCCGAUGCUGUCUCGUAUUCCAUACAGACGCCACCGAAUGUGCAAAUCCAUGAGUUGACCAUUAAGCCAAGGCGAAAAGUUCUAAGCUUCAUUCCAUUGAAUUUAAAUGUUAAAUUAUUCGUAAUAAAUCGUUGUGAUAACCAUAGGCAAUUAAUUUUAUUGCGAGAAUGA